AUGCUCUGCAGACAUGUCGUCUUCCGGCAGAGCGUAAGUCGGGCUCUCUCCCGCCUGCUCUCCACCACCGCCGCCGGAGCACCAAAACCACGAGGUCGACCGCGGAAGACCCCCAUCACAAUCGCGGACGAGUCGACGGGACAACGAGAAGAAGAUGCUGCCAAUGCUGCACCCGGCGAGCUGCUGAUAAAGCGAGGACCCGGGCGUCCAAGGAAAGCUAUAAAAGUGGUAGAUGUACCGUCCACGGGGUCUGGGAAGCCGCCACGGAAAGAUGGGCAGAGCAGCAAAGAAACAGCCACAACGAUCGUCUCUAAGAAUGAUAGAGCAAAGAGAGUGGCUGCGAAGACAUCCCCUGCGAAACGGACCAAAAGCCUCAAGCAGCGACCUUUACCACUGCGGCCUAAUCACCACGACCUGAAAUCCUUCCUUGAAUACGCCGGAAGAGCAGAAUUGAACAAGGACACUAGUGUCUACAGAGGCACUCUCUAUGAAUACGUCGUCGCAGAGGCACUUCAACAACGGUAUAACUUCAGCCUGCGAAGGAUGGGCCGCUCCAACGAUCUCGGCAUUGAUCUGAUCGGCGCGUGGACUCUUCCGGAAGAACCUUGCGAGCUUCGCGUGCUGAUUCAGUGCAAGGCUUCCAAGCCUCGCCCUUCAUAUGUGCGAGAACUGGAAGGAGCGUACGCCGGUGCGCCUCCCGGCUGGAAGGGAGCGGACGUCAUGCUCAUGCUCAUCACGCGCGAUCCCGCCACGCCCGGGGUGAUAGCUGGUCUGUACCGCAGUCGAGCACCACUGGGGUUCGCGCAGAUCACUGAGGAGGGAGAAGUACUGCAAUUCAUCUGGAACAAAGUGGCCCAAGAAUCGCGCUUGACAGGCAUGUCGGUGACGAACAUGUAUAAAGCGCCGGCUGGGGACUUGAUCCCGCCCGCACAUGAUAGAAACGGCCGCUUAACCGGAGCCAUCUCACUAAAUUGGAUGGGAGCGCGGUGCUCUGGUCUCCAUACUUCGCUGCAAGGCAUGCAUGGGCCGCAGUCCGAAAGUCGAGUGUCUGGUUGA